AUGGCUCCUUCAGGAAUCAAUCAGGCUUUCGUUUUACACCCGGGUGGCAAAUUCGAUUAUGAAGAGCGUGUGAUACCCAAUCUUCAAACGGAUCGCGACGUUAUCGUCCAGGUUAUCGUGACUGGUCUUUGUGGCUCUGAUAUCCACUAUUGGCAGCAUGGCCGCAUAGGACGGUAUGUGGUGGAAGCCCCCAUCGUCCUUGGCCAUGAGUCUGCCGGCAUUGUAGUGGAAUGCGGAAGCAAAUCAGGCUUCACUGUCGGUGAUCGCGUGGCCCUGGAGCCCGGCAUUGCUUGCAAUACCUGCCAGCAUUGCCGCGCAGGCAGAUACAAUCUUUGUAGCGCAAUGCGUUUUGCCGCUACACCACCCUAUGAUGGCACCCUGGCGACCUACUACCGUCUUCCUGCAGAAUGCUGCUACAAGCUGCCGGCACAUGUGUCGCUGCAACACGGAGCACUGGUCGAACCGCUCAGUGUGGCGGUACACAGCUGUCGCCUGGCAGGAGAUAUGCAGCAAAAGUCGGUCGUUGUCUUCGGCGCUGGUCCUGUUGGCUUGCUCUGCGCAGCCGUUGCACGCGCAUUUGGUGCGUCAACAGUCGUGAUUGUAGACAUCAACUCCGACCGACUUAGCGUGGCACAAAAGUACGGAGCCACGCACACGUAUAAGAUGAGCGCCGAUUCCCCCGAACACAAUGCCGCCAGAAUCUUGGAAGAAUCGGAGCUGGAUGCUGGAGCUCAUAUAGUACUGGAUGCCACUGGCGCUGAGCCUUGUAUGAACUGUGGUAUUUCAGCCCUUGCGCAGGGUGGAACAUUUGUUCAGGUCGGCUUGGGCAAACCGAACCCCUCACUGCCGGUCGGUCAAAUUUGUGAUAAAGAGGCCAUUUUCAGGGGGAGUUUUCGAUAUGGCCCAGGAGAUUACCAGACAGCUAUUGGGCUGCUGUCGUCGGGUCGGGUUGUACUAGAGGGCCUUGUUACCCAUGAGUUUCCUUUCACACAGGCGGAAGAGGCAUUCAAGAACGUCGGCAACCGACAGGGUAUCAAGACUGUCAUCUAUGGACCCGGUGCAGAUGAGAAUGCAGCGAAAGCAACCACGGCAUAA